CCCACUUUGAUUUGAAACAGAGCCACUGGCUGUCGCCACUAGUAUCGCCUUUUGAGGGUCUUUUUGGUCCCUCGCGCGUCCCGUAGUUGCAGUAAAUAUGGCGUCGGAUAAUGACAGCGAUGAGGAUUUUGUGACUUAUGGCACUCCUUUGGAGCCUCUAGAAGAAGAUGAGCCGCUGAGGAAGCCAGUGCCUCUCCACGAACAGACAGUGAAGGAUGAGAAGGGACGCUUCCAGAGGUUCCAUGGCGCUUUUACUGGGGGCUUUUCCGCUGGUUACUUCAACACAGUGGGCUCCAAGGAAGGGUGGACCCCAUCCAGCUUUGUGUCAUCACGGCAACAGAAGGCUGAGAAACAACAUGCCAGGCCGGAAGACUUCAUGGAUGAGGAGGACUUGAGCGAGCAUGGCAUCGCCCCCCGAGAGAUCACCACCAGCAAGGAGUUCUCUUCCAGCAGGAGAGACCUGGCCAGGGAGAAGGCCCAGGCCAUCAGCGCCCUGUCUGCACCCAUCCCUGGAGAUACCCUACUAGAGGAGCUGAUUGCACCUGCAAGGUCAUCUAUUGGGGUCGAGCUGCUGAGGAGGAUGGGAUGGAAGGAAGGCCAGGGCGUUGGUCCUCGCGUGAAGAGGAGGACCAACAGGCAGAAAACUGAUGGUGGAGCCAGGGUUUAUGGCUGUGCACCACGCCCUGCUGGCUCAGAGGACUCAGAGGACAGUGAUGAGGAGUUUGCCCCAGAGAAUGUGACCUUUGCCCCCAAGGAUGUGACACCCAUGGACUUUAGCCCUAAAGUGGGGGUGCAGGGUCUGGGGUAUCGUGGUCUGGACCCUGGUCUAGCACUUGUGGGCCGUUCUGCACCCAAACACAUCGACCUGUUCAACCUGCAGUCAGACAGAAACAGCCAGCUGUUUGGAGACAAGCAGCAGCACACACACAGAGGAGGGGUGGCUGGACAGGCGUUUGGUGUGGGGGCACUGGAAGAUGAUGAUGAGGACAUCUAUCAGAGAGAUGCCUUGUCCAACUAUGACACAGUGCUGGGCGGGGAGGAGCCAGGGGAUGGCCUAUACGGCUGGACUGCACCACAGCAAUACACCAAGAAGAAAGACCACAGCAAAGACUCGGUGUACCUGGGCAAAAUCCUGGAGGGGUUCACGCUGGCAUCUAAAUCAGCUGAGGAGAAAACAAUCUUUCCUCCCCCCUCUCUGCCCCGUGACUAUCGUCCAGUCCAUUAUUUCCGCCCAGUGGUUGACGUUUCCAGUGUUAGUCCAGCACUGGCUGAUGCUCUGAGGGCCUCCAGGGGCCAGCUGGUCCAGGGUGGGGACCAAAGUGGAGGACGCCACCAGCUGGACUCUAGCCAAAGGAGGGCGCUACUGGGGGAGACAGCACUGCAAGGACACAGUUCAGUCAUGGAUCUCCUGAGAUCAGAGGACAGGGAGAGGCUGGUCAACCUCUGCAAAUCAUCCAACCUCCCCAGCAGCCCUGUAUCAGGUCCCCAUACUACUUUGCCGUCCCCAGGAGCAUUGGCAAAGAGCUCCUUGUCUUCUAGGUUUCAGCCAAAGGAGGUCCUAGCAUCAUGGCCGGACAUCCAGGGGUCCCAGACCUUCAGACCAUUUGAGGAAAACCCCAGCAAGCAGGCUCGUUAUGACCUUUACCUCCGCCGAUUAAAACAGGGUGACAAAGAUGCACUGGAGGCGAGUCUGGAUCCCAAUAUGACAGAGUGGGAAAAAAGCAGAGAGAGGGAGGAAUUUGUCCGAGCCUCCAUCCUUUACCGACCCAGCAGCUCCUCCCUGGCCUCCCGCUUCACUAGAGGUAAACAUCAAGAGGACGACAACACUGUGGAGGUCAGCCAAGACCAGGAGGCUGACGUGGACGAUAAGCAGGCCGCAGUCACCAUGAAGAUGUUUGGGAAACUAACCCGAGACUCUUUUCAGUGGCAUCCUGACAAGCUGCUGUGUAAGAGGUUCAACGUGCCUGACCCGUACCCCGGGUCAAGUACGGUGGGUCUGCUCAAGGUGAAGAGAGACAAGUUUUCAGUCUUCAACUUCCUUACUGUGGCAGGGAACUUGGAGACUCCAGCUGCUCCAAAGCUUGCACAGCCUGGGAGGAGGUCCAGGUGGGAUGUUCCAGGCCAGGUGGAAGACAAGAAGGAUCCACUGAGUGAGUUCCUCAGUGUGGCUCGAAACCAAGCAUCUGGAACCCAGCCGGAACAAGAUCCUGCACCCACUGUACCUGCUUCAAGCGCCUCCACCUGUACUCCUACCCCAGACCCCACAACUGAGGUAAAGUCAUCAGAGCAGCCAAGCGCUGACAAUAAGAAUGAGGGUGAUGAAGAGGAGGAGGAGAGCAGGCCCCCCAUGGAUCUGUUCAAAGCCAUUUUCGCCACUUCCUCUGACGAGAAGUCCUCAUCAUCGCAGGGAGAAAGUGAGGAUGAGGAGGAUGAAAAAGAUGAUGAGAAAGGUCAGGCGGAGCCACGGCCGCCAAACCUUUUUGACAUCAACCCAUCCCACCCAGUGAGCUCCGCUACCUCCAGCCAGCAGACUGUAGUGGUGCCCUCUGCUGAACAGGCUGAUCCUGGACCAGCUCUGUGCUCUCAGAACUCAACACAGGAAGAGGAAGAAUUUGGUCCCAAGCUGCCACCUCCUUCAUGUGCUCUCACCACAGGAUGUGCCUCCCCCACCAAUGAGGACAAACCCAGGAGGAGGAGCAAGGAGAAGCACAAGGCCAAGAAGCAGCACAAACACAAAAAGGAAAAAAAGAAGAAGCACAAGAAGCACAAACACAAAGGGAAGCAGCAGAAGAAGAGUAAGAAGGAGCCAUCAAGCAGCAGCUCGGAUGACAGCGAUGAAGACAGAGACAGCAAGUCUGGACAGGUGUCAUCGGAGGAGCUGCUGAAAAGACUGAAAGGCAUCAGAUCGAAGCAGCGCUGGUGAAACAGGACGUGCAUCCUCUGUGAGGACGGCCUUUCUCAGUUCCCCUUCCAUACAGAAACUGCUUGUUUCAUUUUAGAUUACAGAUUAAUAGUUUUGUUUUGUUUUUGUUUUUGUUUUUGUUUUUUUUUUAAAUAAAAUUUCAUCACAUGG